ACCGGCCCAACGCAUAAAUCCCUAGUCGCACUCGUAGCUCAUAGCCGUCGCACCCCAAGCUCGUCUCGUCUCCGAAGUCUACUCCUUCCCAGCCGCCGGAUUCGUUCGUUAUCUACCCCGCCGAGCGUGGCGGAGCAAGCCGAUCAGAACAACCGGUUUUCAAAUUCGUAAAUUGACGGCUGACACUGAUUGCUCAAUGACUCUGCCUGGGGAAGAUAAGCUGGAAAAACAAACCAAUGAAGAUAAGACUGAUGAUCAAGAUCUGGAACGAAAAAUGAAGAAGGAGCAAAAGGCUAAACUGAAAGAAGAAAAAAAACUCAAGGCUGCACAAAAGGCAGAAGCUGCAAAACUCCAGGCACAGAAGUCAUCUGAUGGCUCUAAGAAAAGUGAGAGAAAACAGAGGAAAAAAGACAUUGAAGAAGAGAAUCCGGAGGAUUUUAUUGACCCUGCAACCCCAGAUGGACAGAAAAAGAAACUUUCUUGUCAAAUGGCUAAGCAAUACAAUCCUAAUGCUGUUGAGAAAUCAUGGUAUUCAUGGUGGGAAGCAUCAAACUUCUUUGUGGCUGAUGCAAGCAGCUCAAAACCUCCUUUUGUAAUUGUACUCCCACCUCCAAAUGUGACAGGUGCUCUUCACAUAGGUCAUGGUCUUACUGCUGCAAUACAGGAUACAAUUAUCCGUUGGAGGAGAAUGUCAGGCUAUAAUGUUCUAUGGGUGCCAGGAAUGGACCAUGCAGGCAUAGCCACCCAGGUGGUUGUAGAGAAGAAGCUGAUGCGUGAAUGCAAGUUAACUAGGCAUGAUAUUGGACGUGAAAGAUUUGUGUCUGAGGUUUGGAAAUGGAAAAAUGAAUAUGGAGGUACCAUAUUAAACCAAGAACGUCGGUUGGGAGCUUCACUUGACUGGUCUCGCGAGUGCUUUACCAUGGAUGAUGCGCGAUCAAAGGCAGUUACUGAAGCAUUUGUCAAACUUUAUAAAGAAGGUUUAAUUUAUAGAGAUCAUCGUCUUGUCAAUUGGGAUUGCUCACUGCGAACAGCAAUAUCUGACAUUGAGGUUGAUCAUGAGGAAAUCAAAGAAGAGACUUUCAGAAAGGUCCCUGGGUAUGAGCACGAAGUUCAGUUUGGUGUUUUGACUUCUUUUGCUUACCCACUUGAGGGAGGCAUGGGUGAUAUUGUAGUAGCCACAACGAGGGUGGAGACAAUGCUUGGUGAUACUGCAAUUGCUGUUCAUUCUAAGGAUAAGCGCUAUUCUCAUCUGCAUGGAAAAAGUGCUGUCCAUCCAUUCAAUGGGAGGAAGCUACCGAUAAUAUGUGAUGAUAUCUUAGUUGAUCCUGAAUUUGGAACAGGGGCUGUCAAAAUUACUCCAGCACAUGAUCCUAACGAUUUUGAAGUUGGAAAACGCCAUAACCUUGCUUUUAUCAACAUUUUUACUGAUGAAGGGAAGAUUAAUAGCAAUGGUGGUGCUGAUUUUGAAGGGAUGCCACGGUUUGCAGCUCGUGUAGCUGUUAUAGAGGCAUUAAAGUCAAAGGGAUUAUACAGAGGAGCUCAGAAAAAUGAAAUGAAACUCGGCAUUUGUUCAAGGAGUAAUGAUGUGGUAGAACCCAUGAUAAAGCCUCAGUGGUUUGUUGAUUGCAAAAGCAUGGGAAAACUAGCUCUAGAUGCAGUCUUGAGUGAUAACAAUAAGAAGAUAGAGAUUAUUCCACAUCAGUAUGAGCAAGAAUGGAAAAGAUGGUUAGAGAAUAUACGUGAUUGGUGCAUUUCGAGGCAGCUUUGGUGGGGCCACCGCAUUCCUGCCUGGUAUGUGAUACUAGAAGAUGAUCAGCUUAAAGAUGUUGGUUCUUACAAUGAUCAUUGGGUGGUUGGAAGAAAUGAGCAGGAGGCACUUAUAGAGGCAAACAAUCUGUUCUCAGGGAAGAAAUUUGAGAUUGUUCAGGAUCCAGAUGUGCUAGAUACUUGGUUUUCAUCUGGUCUUUUUCCGUUAUCUGUGCUUGGCUGGCCAGAUGUUACUCCUGAUUUUAAGGCAUUUUAUCCGACUUCAUUGCUUGAAACCGGACAUGAUAUCCUAUUUUUCUGGGUUGCACGGAUGGUUAUGCUGGGGAUGCAACUUGGAGGUGAUGUGCCCUUCAGAAAGGUAUAUUUGCACCCUAUGAUACGGGAUGCACAUGGUCAGAAAAUGUCAAAGUCAAAAGGAAAUGUUAUUGAUCCACUAGAAGUGAUAAAUGGAAUCUCACUAGAAGGCUUGCACAAACGGUUGGAAGCUAGUAAUUUAGACCGAAGUGAACUGGAAAACGCUAAGAUGGAUCAGGCUAAAGAUUUUCAAAAUGGUAUUCCUGAGUGUGGUGCUGAUGCCCUCCGCUUUGCUCUUGUUUCAUAUACAGCCCAGUCGGACAAGAUCAACCUGGAUGUCUUGAGAGUCAUUGGUUACCGCCAAUGGUGUAAUAAGUUGUGGAAUGCUAUUCGUUUUGCCAUGAUGAAGCUUGGAGAUGAUUAUGUUCCUCCCCAAAAGCUUGAUGUGAAAUCCAUGCCACCUGUUUGUCAGUGGAUACUUUCUGUCUUAAACAAUGCUGUGGCCAGAACUAUAACUUCCUUUGAAUCGUACAAGUUCUCAGAUGCAACUACAGCCGUAUACUCAUGGUGGCAAUUCCAGCUCUGUGAUGUAUUCAUUGAAGCUAUCAAACCUUUCUUUACCGAUUCAAAGUAUGAGUCUGCUAAAGAAGCCUCUAGGCAUACUUUAUGGAUUUGUUUGGACACUGGUUUGCGUUUGCUACACCCCUUCAUGCCAUUUGUUACUGAAGAAUUAUGGCAGCGUCUUCCUUUAGAAGAAGGAAGCUCCAGGAAAGAAUCAAUUAUGAUAUCAGAAUACCCUUCAUUCAUAGAAGCUUGGUCAAAUGAGAAAAUUGAGAAUGAUAUGGAUAUAGUCAAUGGCGCUGUGAGGAAGCUUAGAUCCUUGCGACCACAAAGUGACAAGAAUGAAAGAUAUCCAGCUUUUGCACUAUGUCGUGGACCUGAUAUUACCAACAUCAUGAGAACCUAUGACUUUGAGAUUGUAACACUUGCUUCUGUCUCUUCUUUGAAGGUCAUAACUGAGAAUGACAUGGCUCCACCAGGAUGUGCCAUUGAUGUUGUCGAUGAAAAUCUCUCUGUCUAUCUCCAACUCCAAGGAACACUUGAUCCAGAAGCCGAACGAGAGAAGUUGAGAAAAAGGAGGGAAGAUACACAAAAGAAGCAUGAUCUUUUGUCGCAGGAAAUGAAUAGCUCAGGUUACAAGGAAAAAGCUCCACUGAGCAUCCAAGAGGAACAGAUGAAGAAACUGACUGCAUAUUUAGAAGAACUUAAGAUUAUCGAUCAAGCCGAACAGGAUUUGGAGAGGAGGAUACACCAACAGAUGAAGUAAUUCCGAUUUAAAUUAUUGUAAGCUUACUUUGAAAACCUAUUUAAAUUACUGGUCAUUCAUACAAAAAAUCAUGUCUUAUCAAGGUGGAUUACAUAAUCUUGGUUUCAUAUUUACAUCAA